CCCUGGGGAGCCCAGGCUCUGGGCCUCAGCUGGCCCGGCCAGAACCUGGGGACAGCGCCACCCUCUGCGAGCAGUUGCGAGGACGGAAUGAGCCAUUAUGGAGGAAGUGUCCCGAUGCCCACCAGGAGUUCCGUGAAGCAGGAGGAAAGCGUGUCGCCCAGCAUGCUGGCCGGAGAAGUGCCCCCAACCGGGGCCCCUGGAGUCAGAGCCCCCACCCAUGAGCCCGUGUCCCAGCUGCUGGUUAACUUCAUCCUGCUGGACGGAGGCCUGUCGGGCCCUUGGGUGAAGGUGUCGUGCUGGGCAUCCUCGGGCAGCCCACCCAUCACCUACAGUCUUGUCGGGAGGGACAGUGGCACCUACAUGAAGCAGACACAGAACUACAAGGAAGCUGCCAACUUCUCCUUCCCGCUCACCCAGACGUCGUGCUGGCUCAGGUGCCAGGCUGCAAACAACAUCAGCGCCCAGCACAGCGCCCUCACACUGGUGCCCCCAGGAAAGCUGCCCGAGGGACCCACCUUCGUGCUGGCCGUCUCCACAGUAGCUGUCCUCUCCACGGUAGCUGUCAUUUCGGGGAGGCUGAGCAGGGCCAGGCACCUCAGUUUUCCAGAUGCCAGACACCCCCACCAGGUGGAAGAAAUUAAUCUCUUGAUGAUCGUGAGAACGCGGCCCCCAGACCUCCUGGCUCCUCAGGACUGGUCACAUUAACGGCCCUGUCACCUCGCCGGCCACCAGUCGGAGACUUGAGCGGGAGCUGGUCACAGACACCUGCAACCCCCAGCUGGCCUUGAAAAAUGCCUUGCGGAAGCUCCUUGGGGGGUUCAGGGGCUGGGGGUGGGGAGCCUGAGCCCGGCCCUGCAAUAACCCUUCCUCUGUUCCAAACCA